CGAAAAAAGAGACGCUUGACAGUCACAAAGGUUUAACUUUGUUUUGGAGAGAACCUGUGAAAGUCGAGGAAAAGUGUCCAGAAAUCUCAGCAAUGCCAUACAUGUACGAGACGCCAGGGGCUGGCUUCUUAGAUUUGCCGGUAACUUUGAACUUAAUUUAUUUUAUUAUUUACUUGUGAGAAACUCUUGUAGAAGCUUAUUGUUUUGAGAAAUUACCUCAGUUAACAAUACGUUUCUGGGAUACUACUGUUCGCUAUACAAAGAUGCCAGGCCAAGAGGGUUUUCAAAAGCAUUAUGGGAUUUUUAUGUCCAAAAAGUUAUACAUCAUCAAUUGAUCAGUAAUUCCAUGGAAUUAAGGGAGGUAAGUUUCUAUAGAAGCUGUAGUACUGCGUCCGUGGGGGGUACUACAAGUCUUACGAGCAAAAUUUUUUCUAUCAACGGAUGUUGAUAAUGUGAAAGAGAUUCUUGCGCUGACGUUUCGAGCGUUAGCCAUUCGUCAGAACGGACUGAGGAAUUGAAGGUUCUGUGCUGUUUAAUAGAGAUGGAGAUUCUCUAUUUGCAAGGACUUGGUAAAACGAAAAACAAAAGAAUAUAUCCGUUGAAUGAAAGGCGUUCGGUGAUACCGUGAAGAUUAAGAGUGCCGAUUUGAAAGAUAAAUUUUUGUUCUAGAGUUUUGCGGCUUUCCGUGCUGCCUAGAUUUGGGAAAGGCCGUAAACUGCUAAUGUUGUUAAACAUGAUUAGGGAGAUUAAGUUGAUUAAUGACUGGCUUUGAAUGCGUCUUUAUCAUCAAAUAAUAUUCCUGUUUCGCCGAUGUAUCCCUUACGCAAUAAUCUCAAGUGUGCAAUGGCGAAAGUACAGGUGAAAUGAUUAGUAAUCUUGAAGAGUCGCUGAGGUUCCGUAAUUUGCUUAACGUUAUAAAUAAAAGCACAAGUUUUGGAUCUUACGCAGGCGCAUUUAAAUGUUUCAGGUUGAUUAUUUUUUUCGAGUACAUUUCUGAUCAAAGAAUUUCCUAUAUUUUUGUCACAUGUAAAUGGAAUUCGUGGGGGUUUGGUUAAGAUUAUACUAAUUUCUUGCUUAACUGAGAUUUUGUCGGUUUUGUUUUUGAGAUAAAGGAACAAAAUUAAAGCCCCUAUCGUAAGAAUUCCUUUGAGUUGGAAAACAGAAGAUUUCCUAUGAUGUAACUACGAAGUCUUAAAGGUUAAGGCUUUCAAGUGAUUAGUCACUAGUAGUUAGAGGAUUUGCUUAAGUUUUUAGGCCUUGGCAUUAGGUGCAAAUGGUUAAACAUUUUAUAACUCGUAGCCCUGCCAAUAAAUUUUAUUGAAAUAACUGGACACAUUUUAGAAAGUUCAGAGCGGCACCGCAGAAUUUGUUUGUAGAGGUCGUUUUGUAUUUCCAAGCGACAUCUUCAAGACGAAUCAUUUAUUCAUGGUUCGUACUGCGAUCCUCGUAAGUUAAUUUAUUGAUACCGAGGGAAAGAGGAGAACAUUCUCUUGGAAAAACUGAGGUGCAAGAAACAAACCCAGUAUCUUCCAAGUUAUUCCUUCCUUCUGCCUUUUAUUCACUUAUAGCAGUUAUAAGUAGGCAGAUCGAUUUAACAUUACUGUAGUCGUCAGUAAAGUCAGUUUAUCUUAAGCAUGAAUAGGAAGAACUUAUUUUUCACAGCUCUCUCCGAGUUGUUACUAUUCUCUUUUUCUUUUUCAGCGACAAGGGCCUCAAAAGAGCACUGAUGGAAUUUACCGCCAGUGGUUUACCUCGAGACAUCGGAUUGUGUCUCAGAAUAAAGGAGGUCCGGUGGCUGGUCAUUAUGUGCAGAUAGAUGGAGAUUGCGUGUCCGCAGAUGCAGUCGAAAACGAGGACAAAGGUAUCUGCUGUCUGUAAGAUUUGGUAUUUAGGUUUGAUUUCUUUCAACAAGGGUAAAAUUUCAGGAAGAAGCUCUGAAGGAGCGUUAAUUUAUCAAAUCAAGGCAAAAAUAAAAUUAGUCCUAGUAUUAACCUACUACAGUGAGGACACGUCUGUUUUUCCUUUGGAUUUUUCGUUGAUUGAAAGCUUUCCAUUGACAACACAAACGAAGAGGUGUUAAAAUAUAUUGGCCCAAAACAGCCUAAGGGAGCACUGAUUCUCCUUCCUCUUGAAAUGUCAGCACCUUAAACCGCGCAGUGCUUUCACUUUCAUGGAGAUUUCCUCUUCUGUCCUACAGCAAAAUUUCAUUUCCACAAUUUUACGGAAAAGAGGGGCGAGAAGUGGUACGACCAUUACAUUCUAGAGAAUCAGAUCAGUAAAGCCUGUAUAGCCGUGAACCCUGAAGAUGACACCAUCACUGUUAAGGUACCGUUUCUGACAAACGUUCGCCCUUCGUGUGAACGUCAAACUUCAAAUGAAAAGAUUCAAAUCAACGAAUUAUGUUUAUGAUGAAUUUCGUGUUUAACUAUUUCAGAGAACAUUUGCGAAGAUUGUUGCUGACAAUGCUUAUAAUCCGUUUUUAUUUAUGUACCGCAUGCGCACCGCGCCUUCCGUCGUUGGGACAUAUAUACUAAAUAUUAGCAUGCUAAAACAGCGGAUGGCGUCGAAGGCGCGCUCUGAUUAGCUUCUCAAACUCCAAAUAUUCUUUGCCAUUUACCUCCGAGCAAGGCACGCGGGAUUUGCGCCCUAAAAUAUUGCAACGGUUUUAGGAAUAAAAUAAUCACAAACUUGUUCAUGAACUCUAUCUAAGCUUAAUUUUUUCCGUACUCGUAAACCAAAGCUUAAUAGUCAAAACCCGUUGCCAAAAUAUUUAUGAGCAGAACAGAAAAAUUAGACUCGAAGGAAAAAUGCAGCAUUGAGUAAACUAUUUGAUGUAAUCCCCUCAAUUUCCAAGAAAGAGCGACGUGAGCAAACCAAAGAACACUGGCAAUUUUUGUGCAUUCAAACCUGGAAGAAAAGUGAAAAUUUCGGUUGAAAUUAAUGAUCCACCUUCUCUCAAAGCUCCUCACCGUUCUCUCUCAGAAGACGAUGAUUAUGAAUCUUCUCUGAAUGUCUUUUAUCUUGUUCAACAGUAUGCAGAUGUAAGAUGCCUCAGAACCAUGCUGGAAGUGAAAAAAGCCAACCUUUUAAAUCUGGCGUUCAUUAAGCUGCAAAAAAGCGUUGUGGAUGACUAUUUUUGGUUUGAGUCAUGUAUCGACGAUGAUAAGAAGCGGGUCCUCGGAUUUGACAAAAAUGGAGCGCCCCUGAAAACUACUGAGGUCGAACCAGGUUCGAAAGAAAGUCUGCUAGAUUCGCAUCUGGUCGACAUUGAAGAGUCAUGA